GUGUGUGUGUGUGUGUGUGUGUGUGCCGUCAGGUCCUCCGGGGAGAGACGCGGCUCAUUAGGGACGGAGGACACGUUACAGACUCAUUAUGUUCUCCUCAGUCAAGCCGUUCGAGGGCCAACAGUUUGCUGCUCUGAAGAAACAAUGCCAACAGAACAGGACGUUGUUUGAGGACCCGCUCUUCCCAGCCCAGGACCGUUCUCUCUUCUAUCAGGGCAACCGCAUUGGCACGGUCACUUGGAAAAGGCCCAAGGACCUCUGUGAAGACCCACAUCUGUUUGUCAAUGGCAUCAGCGCUCACGACCUGCACCAGGGGCAACUGGGAAACUGCUGGUUUGUAGCAGCCUGCUCCAGUCUCGCUUCCAGAGAAGCCCUGUGGCACAAAGUGAUUCCAGACUGGAAGGACCAAGAGUGGCAGAAGGACAAACCCGAGGCUUAUGCUGGAAUCUUUCACUUUCGAUUUUGGCGUUUUGGAGACUGGGUAGACGUGGUCAUUGACGAUCGGCUGCCAACCACCAACGGACACCUGGUUUACUGUCAUUCUAACGACAGUAACGAGUUCUGGAGCGCACUGGUGGAGAAAGCCUAUGCUAAGCUUUAUGGUUGCUACGAGGCCCUGGAUGGCGGAAACACAGCCGAUGCCCUGGUGGAUUUUACCGGAGGUGUUUCCGAACCCCUUGACCUGCUGGAGGGCAACUUCAGUCAGGACGAAGAAGCACGCAAUCUUUUGUUUGAGCGUGUCCUCAAAGUCCACCAAAGAGGAGGCCUCAUCAGCUGCUCCAUCAGGGCGACCUCUCAGGCUGACAUGGAGGCUCGGCUGGAUUGCGGUCUGGUCAAAGGUCACGCAUACGCAGUUACAGACGUGCACAAGGUGCGCCUGGGUCACGGACUGCUCGCCUUCUUUAAGUCUGAGAAGCUCAUGAUGAUCCGCAUGAGGAACCCGUGGGGGGAGAGAGAGUGGAAUGGAGCUUGGAGUGACAGCUCAGAGGAAUGGAAGAGGGUCAGUAAGAGUGAGCGGGAGAAGCUUGGAGUAACUGUGCAGGAUGAUGGUGAAUUCUGGAUGACCUUCGAGGAUUUUAGUAAGCACUUCACAGACCUGAUCCUGUGCCGCCUCAUCAACACAUCGUACCUGAGCAUCCAUAAGACCUGGGAAGAAGAUGUGAAGUUCGGCUCCUGGUCUCGCCACGAUGAUCCUCUGCAGAACCGCUCUGGAGGAUGCAUUAACAACAAAGGCACAUACCUUCAGAACCCACAGUAUGUUUUUGAUGUGAAGAAGCCAGAAGAUGAAGUUUUAAUCUGCCUACAGCAGAAAGAUAAAAGAUCCGUAAAUAAAGAUGACAGAUCCUCGAACUUGGCAAUCGGCUUCGACAUUCAAAGGGUAGAGCUAAACAGGAUCUAUCGCAUGCACAAACCACAGCAGAAGAUGUGCAGCUCUGUCUACAUCAACUCUCGCAGCGUGUUUCUGCGCAAGGAUUUAAAAGAAGGUCGUUAUGUUAUCGUCCCGACGACCUUUGACCCUGGACUACAGGCAGACUUCCUGUUACGAGUCUUCACCGACGUGCCUUCAGAGUGCAAGGAACUGACCGUGGAUGAGCCUCCGCAGACAUGUUGGACAGGUCUUUGCGGUUAUCCACAGCUGGUCACACAGGUGCAUGUGAUUAAGGCUGUGGGACUGGAGGCCCAGGACUCUAAUAGAUCAUCUGACCCGUAUGUGAUCAUCAGCUGUGAAGGGCAGAAGGUGUGUUCACCUGUGCAUAAGGACACACUGAGUCCAGAGUUUGACGUGAAGGCAGUCUUCUACAGAAAGAAACCCAAAGAACGGAUACUAGUUCAGAUCUACAACAAAAACGUCCUGUCUGAUUCGUUCCUGGGUCAGGUGACCCUCAACGCAGACGUUUCAGACCUGCAAAAUGAUCACACACUCCAUCUGCAGGGUAAAGGCAGCCAUCAGAAAAGCGACCUCCCUGGCAUGAUCAGUGUGAGCAUCAUCACCAGCAAUGUCCUCACCAAUAUCUGAGAGCACUCAGGUCAGCCCAAAUCGAGAGGAUCAGGAAGAUAAAUCUCACCACUGUGUGGAUUUGUCUGAUAUACACGGAGAGGCCUGUUCUUUUGGAGGUAGUUUACAUAACAUUCACCAGACUUUCAACUUCAUCAGACUUUUCUGAACCACUUCUGUCUGGCCUUAAUGAGUUCUGUUUACGUGAUCUUUUAAACCAAAUCAGUGUGAUAUAUAUAUGUAUUAUAAUGUUAAUUGAUACAUUUCUUCUGUGGAAUUCUACUGUUUAACACUCAACGCCACUAUUCAGCCAAGGAAUCUUCUCUUUGCCAAUUAAUUAUCCAGUGUGUUUUUCUGUCAAACAUUUUAACAAUCAUUAAAUGUUAUAAUCUGGACUGUAAUUAAGCAUGUUUACACAAUAUUACCACUCAGGAAACUGUACAGUCGCCAAAAGCUGUCCGCAUCGUCUUUCUGUAGAACACACAACCAGUGUGUAGAACACACAACCAUUAGGAAUUAGUGCAUCAGUCGUGGUUGUGGUUAUCCACACUUCAGGACAACUUUUAAACCAGUGCUCUUUUUUUAAAAUAUACUUUUAAGAAAGUAAAUCUGAAACUUUUUGGAAUUGUUGGGUGCCAAUAAUUUUUGUCUGGUUGUACAUACUUUUCUUUUUUUUCUCUUUUUUUUCUCUUCCUGGUCAGUCCAAAUCUCUAGCACAUAUAUCAUUUUUGCACUUUGGCUCUGUUCAUCUCAUUUGCCUCAGUUCAGCAGCUCAAUAUUUUAUUAUUAUUAUUAUUAUUAUUAUUUUUAAUUAAUUUCCUCCAUUGGGUCAUUUGAGAGUUAAAUUGAUUUCUCAGUUGAAGCAUCAUCAGAACGAGAAAACCUUGUCUCAGAUCAGCUUUUGUAGUUCCUUUCUGAGGAUGAUUAAUAUGUUCUUACCCCAAGUGGAAAACGCACCAGGGUUUAAACUAAUAGUACUAAAUAUUGCACAUGUGAAUGCACCCUUAGUUUACUUUUCUGCAGACCAAAUAUACUGGCCCUGUACUGACUGGACAAUGCAGCAUUAUAUGCAAUUAAAAAAAAAUCAGUCUACUAGUAAACCUUGUUUUAUAUCAGUACUACAACUGUUUUCAUAAUGUGUUUGUUUUUAUAUAAGUAUCAUGCGAGUAUAUGUGUUACUGUGUGUGACCAAAUUGACCACUUGGUGGCAGUAGACAAUCAGAAAUCCUCAAAAGGUACUAAAAAGUGUUUCCUCCUUCUAUAGAUGCGUAAACUUCAAUGAGGUCUUAUGUUUACUCUUUUGUUUACUCCGUUGCCUUUACAUGAAACACUUGAUAUGCAGUAUGUAAUGUAUGUCUCUCCUUAAAAAUGUAUUUUAACACAAUUGGCAAUUAAUAAAACUGCCAAACAAGUACACCCUCUUUUUUUUUUUAACCCAUAUUGUGAUGUACACAAAACAUUUCAAAAUGGAUAUGUGAUCAUCUUUCCAGGUUAAAUUAAUGGUACAUUAUAUAUUCCCUGCAUGCAUAAGCUGAGGUGUGUGCAUGCUAUGAAAUGCCUACAAAUUGUGCAAUGAAGUGCCAUUUUUGUAUUUUUAGUUACUCAAGAACUUUGUCUAUCUCAAAUGUUGUGCCUUUAGUACUCAGUCUUGCAUCAUUCACCAGUGGGAAAAGGCUGCUGAAUUGUUAUGAUUUGAUUACGAGGUAUAAUAUGCAUCUUUUAACUGUUAUACUUGUAUCUUUUAUACCUGUGUAUGUUUAUCCAGAGUAUAAAGAUAAAUCUGAAUAAAGUGAAUUGGAUGAA